AUGCAAGAUCUAACGAUUGGGGCGAUGAAAUCUGCAAGAUUGGGAAUAGAAGAGGUUGCGUAUCCAGAUAGGAUCAGUCGCUUACCUGACGAUGUGCUCUUACAAAUCCUGGCGUCAGUUCCGGUAAGAACUGCAAUGCGCACAAGCUUAUUGUCAAAACGGUGGAAAUCUGUGUGGAAAAUGAUGCCGAUGCUUGUCUAUGACGAUACUUGUCCCUACACUGGUCUUGUUGGAUUCGACCAGUUUUGUGGUAUGUCAUUGCCAUUACAUCCUCAUCUCAAAACCCUAAAUCUGAAACUUCAGAAGAACUAUGAUUCCUUAGAUACUCUGUUAUUCCCAAACAUUCGAUCCACUCUCCCCAAGCUCACAAUCACUUUGAAAUCUCAUCCUUGUAGUUACUGUUCUAUCAGCUUCCCAAAUAAUCUUGACGUCUUUAAAACACUCGUCGUCUUGAAACUGCAAGAAAGGAUUCUUGUGGAUGUUGUUGGUUCUCCUGUUUGUUUCCCUUCCCUGAAAAGUAUGCACCUGACAUUAGUGAGGUUCGCGUGCGAAGAAUCUCUUCGCACAAUUUUAUCUGCUUGUCCUGUUCUUGAAGAACUCUUCCUCCAAAGACUUUCCAGCGUUGGCCGUUUCUUGUUCACUAUAUCAGUCCCUUCUCUACAGAGAUUGUUCAUCACUAAAGAACCUGGCUAUUAUCGUGACGAUGACGCGAGAUUCGAGAUAAAUGCUCCUUCUCUCAAGUACUUAGACAUCUUCGAUCUCAGCGGCUGUUUUAAUUUCGUUGAGGAUAUGCCUAAAUUGGUGGAGUCUGAUGUCGCAGUUCAUCAUUCUGAAACUGACAAGUUUCUCAGAUUUUUUACCUCAGCCAAGUUUCUUUCGAUACGUUUAUAUGCUUCCAAGGUUCUGCUCCUUGCGGAUAACGUUUCUCAGUCGCUUCUUCAUCUUGAACUACACAUUUACAACAAGAUUCCGUGUAAUCUGCUUAUGCAUUUGCUCAACAAGUCUCCUAAACUACAAGUUCUCAAGCUUCACGAGAAACAUUUAAUGCAUACCCGGGAGAUCGAUGAUCGGCCACUUUCAAUGUGUAGUCCGAGCUCGGUUCCUGAAUGCUUGUCCUUCCAUCUUGAAACUCUCCAAUGGAGAGGCUAUGAAGGAACUGAGGAAGAGAAAGAAAUCGCGGUUUACAUCCUGAAGAACGCUCCUUGUUUGAAAACCGCUGCAAUCUCUAUAUAUUCAGAUUCAAAAGAAGGUCCUCGAGGCGGGGAGAAAGAUCUAAUGAUGAUUAAGGAGUUAAAAUCUAUGUCUAUGGCUUCAACUUCAUGUCGGCUUAUAGGAUCAGUUACUUACCCGAAGAUUUGCUCUUCUGAAACCUCUCGCUAUGGUGGAAGUGAAACAGAGGAAGAGAAGGAAGCCGCCGUUUACAUAUUCAAAACAGCUCGUUGUUUAAAGAGUGCUUUGAUCUCUCUACAGUCAACGGUCAUGAAGAAAGAUAAGACUAUGAUCAAGGAGUUGGAAUCUAUGUCUAAGGCUUCAACCUCGUGUCAGCUUGUAGUUCAGCUUUCCAAGGCGAUGAAAUCUGCAAGAUUGGGAAUCGAAGAGGUUGCCUAUCCAGAUAGGAUCAGUCGCUUACCUGACGAUGUGCUCUUACAAAUCCUGGCGUCAGUUCCGGUAAGAAGUGCAAUGUGCACAAGCUCAUUGUCAAAACGAUGGAAAUCUGUGUGGAAAAUGAUGCCAAUGCUUGUGUACGACGAAACUUGUCCUUACAAUGGUUCCCUUGGAUUUGACCAGUUUUGUGGUAUGUCAUUGCCAUUACAUGAAGGUCCUCUUCUCAAAACCCUAAAUCUCAAACUUAGGAAGAACUCUGAUUCAUUAGAUACUCUGUUAUUCCCAAACAUUCGAUCCACUCUCCUCGAGCUCACAAUCACUUUGAAAUCUUAUCCCUGUAGUUUCAGUUCCAUCAGCUUCCCGAAUAAUCUUAACGUCUUCAAAACACUCGUCGUCUUGAAACUCCAAGAAAGGAUUCUUGUGGAUGUGGUUGGUUCUCCUGUUUGUUUCCCUUCCCUGAAAAGUAUGCACCUCACAUGUGUGAGGUUCGCGUGCGAAGAAUCUCUUUGCACAAUUUUAUCUGCUUGUCCUGUUCUUGAAGAACUCUUCCUCCAAAGACUCUGCAGUGUUGGCCGUUUCUUGUUCACUAUAUCAGUCCCUUCUCUACAGAGAUUAUUCAUCACUAAAGAACCUGGCUAUUAUCGUGACGAUGACGCGAGAUUCGAGAUAAAUGCUCCUUCUCUCAAGUACUUACAGAUCUUCGAUCGCGUAGGCUGUUUUAAUUUCGUUGAGGAUAUGCCUAAAUUGGUGGAGGCAAAUGUUUCAGUUCAUGAGUCAAAAACUGGGAGGCUCCUGAAGUUUCUUACUUUACUUGAGCAUCUUUCCAUAUGUUUAUACCCUUCAAUGGCUUCACAUCUUACCGGUACAUCAAUCCCCAAGGGGCUUCUUCAUCUGGAACUACAUAUUUACGACCAACUUCAGUUGAAUCUGCUUAUGCGUUUGCUUCAAGAUUGCCCUAAGUUACGAGCUCUCAAGAUCAACCAGAAAAAUCGGGUUCACACCGAAGAAGAUAUCAAGGUUCAACCGAGCUCUGUUCCUGAAUGCUUGAGCUUCCAUCUCGAAACUCUUCAAUGGAUGGGCUAUGGAGGAACACUUGAAGAGAGAGAAGCUGCGGUUUACAUUCUGAAAAAUGCUCAUCGUUUAAAGACUGCUUCCAUCUCGUUACAUUCAACGGGCACGGAGAGUAAUAUGUUGAUGGUAAAGGAUUUGAGAUCUAUGUCUAAAGCUUCCGCCUCAUGUCAGCUUAGGAGAUAUCAAAGCCUUUUAAGAUACAGAGAAGGAUCUGAUAAGUGCAAAGGGUUGGAGAAUCUUUCUCGGCCUUUCUUCACUUGUAGUCUUGCUUUACAAAUGAGCAAAUGGUGGAAACAAGAAGAAAGAUUACUCACUCUCUUUGCUUAG